AUGGCUCGUUCGCCGUCGCCCGACAUCUCCUUGGACGAUCGCACUUCUAAUCAUUAUGAUGAUUCAGUAAAUUCGCCGGUUUUUUCUGAUUCAAGACCUUCCACCUUGCACGGUCAGCACAGUGAAACUGGGAGACAAUGGGGCAAUGACUCCACAGCGGAUUUCUCUGAUGAGCCACAAAGCCGUAGCUAUAAUAGCAGGUUUGUGGAAGAGGGUGAUGACAAUAGCGAAAAUUUCCGCGUCAAGAAUGGUGUCCCCGAGAUCAACAUAGUUCCAGAUCCUAAUCAACCGGCCUCCGAUCCGCAGAUACCUUCUGAUCCAAAUGAACAAUCGCCGAGCUGGCUACCUUUUACCCUCCAGAAUAGCUUUCUUGGCCUGCUCAGCACGCUAGCCAUGGCACUGUGUGCUGUGACGAUCGCUUUGCUUGUGAUGUCCCAGAAAAACUAUGGCUUAGGGUCAGAUGACGGGUCCUCAAAGAUCCUGUUCGGUUGGCGGUUCAGCCCAACGUUGGUAGCAGUCAUCUACAUUCAAUUGACAGCUAUGCUGAUGGACGACAUCAAGCGAUUAGAGCCAUUUGCUCGACUAGCACGCCCAGGAGGGUCCGAGGCAUCGUCAAGCAUUCUUCAAAAGCCUGGAGCCUGGUGGAAUGCGCUUCGGGAUGUCUCCGUCGAUGUGGCAGUUCCACGCCAGAUGGACUUCCUUCGCCUUACACCACGACUCGACGCGCCUCUCUCUCUUAGUCAGAGUCGUAUUGCUCGCUUUCGGGCGAUUAGCCAUUUUGCACAAAACGUAUCGACUUCACCAUGGGUUACAGAUGAGUGGACCAUGCUUCCAUUCUGGCCAACUGCCUGGGAGAGUCCACAGUUUGGAUCGUUACCUUCCACGCCCCAGACAUGGAAGGCGGAAACUACAGCGUUCAAAAGUGAUCUCGAUUGCAAGGAGAUGAAGCUCAAAAGCUCGUCCAGUAAGACGGUAAUCAAAGGGAACGAGUACCAUAAUGCUACUGCCAUUUCUAACACCACUGUCUGGUCCUCUGGUGAUUGUAAGCUGGAGCUCGAAGCGUUGAUAACCGGUGAAGACAUGUGGACUGAAGGUGGUGCCAGCUGGUCGAAUUUUUCAGAAAUCAACGCAAUCGAGGCGCUCCGCAUCAUUAAUGUGGCACAAACAAAGGAAUGUACUGGCCACGAUUACCUCUUGCUGAUGGAAGGAAACAGCACCCUGAAUGUGCAUUUAUGUGCGACUACAUACUCCAUGGCUAAUGUCACAGCCUUAGUUGAUCUCUCGGGAAGUGUGCCAGAUAUCACCUUCAAUGAGAGCGAAUACAUACAAAACCAACAGGAAGUUCCGGAUACCCUGAUGAGCACCGAGGUGAUGCGAGAUCGGGCAGUAGAUUCUGACUGGACAAGCUCCAUGCUCACGCUAAACUUCGACAAUUCUCCGUAUCUGUACGGACCAGCCCGUCUGUUAUGGGUCAUCUAUAAGAAUAAUUUGACGGCAAUGGUUGAAGACAAAGAUAUGAUAUUGCGUGCAGCGAAGGUUCAGCAACGAUUCUUUGGAGAAAUGCUCCAGUCAAGCUUGACCGAACAUGGUGCCUCCCAGUACCUUCCCAUGCAAGGUAAUGUCAGGACAGUUGAGAGAAGAGUGACCACUACCGCUGGGCCUGCAAUAUCGCUCAUAAUUCUACUCUUCCUAUCCUCAUGUCUCCUGUUAGUCGCAUGGAGAUGCUCGCGGCUCCAGCACCGGCCGUUGAAUCUGAAAACCGAUCCUGCCUCACUUGCCGGUGCGACUUCCUUGCUGGCGGAUAGUCCUCGGACCAGGGUUAGUUUGAAAGACUUCAACCGGGUUUCAGAUAAGGAGCUGCAGACACUAUUAGAAGGCAAGCGCUAUUACACAGACCCAGGGACGCUGCACGAGACGAUUCCUGAUCUGUGCGAAACUGCCAAUCGAACCACUGAGGAAAUGCCCCCGGAAUCAGCCUCGAAGACCAACUGGGUUCCAGGAGUGCUCUGUCUUCCAACCCUACUGGUGCUGCUUGUAUUUCUUAUAGCCGUACUCACCGGUGUGGUCGUAUUGUACCAUUUCGCUCAGUUGUCCCAGCUAUACGACAAAGCUUUCGUCUACCAAGCCAACAUUUCCAUUUUCGAUAAAAAGCUGUCCACCGUCGGGCCGUUCUCCAUGAUCCCAACCAUCAUAGCAGUGUGUAUCGGCCUGUGGUGGGGUGUUAUCGACAGUAACUUUUGCCGUCUACAACCAUAUCUGGCCAUGGCUAAACGUUACCGGCCGUUAUCCGAGAGUGUGCACUUAUCGUAUCAAUCGUCUUACUGGAUGUGGGCCACAAUCAAAGCUCUAAUGAAUAGGCACUGGAUGCUAGUAUUGGUUACGCUGGGAACAGCUAUUUCACCAAUAUUCACCACGUCAAUGUCAGCCCUCCUGCAGCGCGAUACUGGAGUGAUAAUACAGACACAGACGCUGAAGCGUUCGCUGGAAAUUCGUCAAAUUCCUCAUGUCUUCGAAACCCAAGAGUUUACAAUACGAUACGCUACUAACUUCUUGGGCUCUAUCCUUGCGCAGCUCCAUGGGAAUCUGUCCUCGCACUGGAUGUAUACAGCCGCGAAUCAACUAACCUUGAAUGGCUCUGAGCCAGCCUGGAGUAAGGGUGGCUGGAGCUUCGUUCCUGUUGAUUUAAGUACCGUCAGCCUUUCGAUUCCGGGGAAGAUUGACAGCAAUGAUCACGGUGUCAUUGACAAGAACUCUCGAAUCAAUGUCUCGCUCGCCACGCCCGCUAUAGCGUGCACCCCUAUCUUUGCUAAUCCAUCGUCGAUCGAGUGCUGUGGCAAUGGGACCAACACCGGGGCAGAUCCGAUGGCUGCUGUCGGGUACUGGUCACCGAAUGGCAAUCCGGGACAAUGGAACCCAAGGAUAUGGUCACGUAACUUCACAACCAAAUGGAUAUAUGGCCCUGCGCAAUCAGCGAUGGAGUUGAUCCAGCGCUAUCACAGUAAACAACUACACCUGCUGUUCACAGAGAUACCUUCCAUAACGGCCAUGAACUGUAAGCCGGUGGUGGAAACAGCCAAUGCAGAGGUGACCGUGGAUCCUGCCACUGGCGAAGUUCGAGCGUUCGACAUCACAGAUGAACCACAGGCUUCGGAUAACGCGUUUUCGGACGUAUUUCUCCCCCAUAAAACGUCUGACCUGGAACUAUCGCAGAUACCUAUAAUGCAACCGCUAAUCCUGAUCCAUGCUGCUAGCUACGGAGUGCUUUUCAUGACGCAGAUGCUAACCGCAGCGAAGGUUCAAAACAUCAUAGGACCAAGUCGGAUAAUAGGCUGGGCCACGGAGGAUACAACCGACAAUACCUUCAAUAUCCGCGACGAAGCACACGGGCUGAAUCUGGACUUUAUGUCCUAUUCCAUGUACUCCCUGGCGGGCGAGGACCCCGCGGCACUUCUCGACCCUACCGUCUUCUCACGCCUGUCGUCGAAAACCUUUUUCACCUUCUUUCAGCAUUUUGCAAACAGCAACCUCUCCAUGACAACAGGUAGCUGGGUAUAUCAGCCCAUUAACGCGAGUUUGCCGCCGGACCUUACCCCGUCCGUCACUGACGCUAGGCUUCUGGAGGAUGCGCCACUCACAGACUAUCAAAAUGAACUACAUCCAAUCUCUCAUACAAAUCGGACGGUAGUGGUGAGGGUUUCAAAGCGUGUUGAGAUGCUACAGAUGAACGCUGUCGCUGUGGGGCUCAGCGUGAGCAUCUUAGCGUGGCUAAUUAUCGCCACAGUGAUCGUCACAGUGUUUCAUCGGCAGUACCUAAGGCGGUUGAUUCGAAACGUAGAAUGUCUUGGGGACAUGCUGGUCUUGACUGCAGGAGGUGAGAACCUGGUACAGCUGAUCCGGGAGAUGCAAGCCGGAAACCUUACUGAGAGCGAGAAGAGUCAUCUGUGUGCACGGCUCGGAUGGUUUCAGGAUGGCGAUGGGAAAGCCAGAUGGGGAGUCGAAGUGUCAGAGGGCUAUAAGGGCCAGCCACCCGUACAGUGGCUAGAUCAUGAUGGAGAGGAAAGAAAUAGAGGGGAACAUGCAGCUGAUACCGGCUCAGUGUAG